AUGUCCAACUCUACUGAGUUUAUGCGCCAUCUGUACACUGAAGACGAAAACCUUGGGCUGUACCGCAACUUAAAUCUUGAUAGCGAAACAAACGCUCUAGGAAUUUAUUGGCUGUGCGACACUGACAGCAUCGGUUACAAGACAAACGUAACACCUAUCAUUGGAGACAUCAAAAAGAGGCAGCAAUUGUCCGAUGUGGUCAAAAUCUAUGACCCGCCGGGUCUACUAGCACCUGUCGUAGUUAAAGGUAAAGCUAUUUGUCAGCAGCUGUGGUUAUCGGGCGUCGAUUGGGACGAUCCCAUUCCUGAUCCACUUCAACAAGAAUGGCAGCGCUUUAGAGACGAAAUACCUCAAAUCAGAGAACUCAAAGUGCCCAGGUGGGUUGGAGCUGAGCCCAGUGUAUCCAGUUACCAACUGCAUGUAUUUUCUGAUGCCUCUACUGUGGCAUAUGCUGCUGUCGCGUACCUUCGUGUGGAAACUUCAGGUAAUGAUGUAAAAUUAUCAAUUCUAACCGCUAAGACUAAGGUGGCACCACUGAAGAAGAUAACCAUCCCGUGUUUGGAGCUAAAUGCUGCUCUACUCGCAGCGAAAGUAGCCGCUAAAGUGCUGUCAACACUGCAACUACCAGCGAUUCGACUUUACUGUUGGUCGGAUUCCAAAACCACGCUCAGCUGGAUUCGAUCAAAUCCUGGUAAACACAAGCAAUACAUCAGCAAUCGUGUAACUCGAAUCCAAGAGUUAACACCAAUCAACGCUUGGAAGUAUGUACCUACUACAACGAACCCAGCCGACAUUGCAUCCCGGGGUGGCGGGGACCUCCGUGGCUAA